GUUAAACAUACAUCUCUUUUGGUGGGAGAUGACAUGAACUAUUUUCACUUUGGAACAAAAGUUUCACCAACACACCCAAAUUCCAUAAUUCUUCACUUUGAAAACUGAACGAGCUCUGCAAUCCAUAUGACUUUCCCUCACGUCAGGACACCAUGGCACAUGCUUUUGAAAUGGAUGAUGGUGAGAGGCCCAGUGUUAGUUCACCCAGGAGCUCAAACAGAGACUUUGCAACGCCAACCAGGUCUAUGUUUCAAAAACAGAACAGACAGAGAAACGGUCACCUCAAAAAUCUACGGGCCACUUCUCCAAUGGGAAGAGUCAUCCUAAUAAAUUCACCUUUAGAAGGUAACUUGCUAAUCAUGUCCUCUUUUUGUGUAACUAUGAAACAUUUAUUCAUUUAGGCACAUGCAUCUUCCACUACGUGUUUGGUUUAGCUUGUAAUAUACAGUGUAGUAUUCAUUUAGUUAAUUUCUCAGAAAGUGUUAUUUUCAGACAAAAUAGGGCUUUAACAAAGAGCUGCAAUUUUUGAAUAUCCUGCCAUUUGUAGCCUAGUAUUGGAACUUCUGUGGGUACCAGGUUGUAGAAAAUUAAUCAGGCCACACAAGUGGUGCUGUUCAAGCAGUGGUCUCCCUGCAAGAGACUCUCAUCAGUUUGUUUUUUCUUCAUCUCUAUCGGGGUCAGAUCAUUUAAAGGACAACUGUCCCCUCACUAUUUUUGUUGUAAUUAGCUCUUUAUUAAAGAUUACAUGUAGAAAUAAUGUACACGAAACCAUGAAAUAAAACCAAAUCUCGAGAAACCAGGAUAAAAGAGGGACAAUCAGGACCCAAAGUCAAAAUUGUCAACACACUGAGAAACGCAGGUCUCUAACUUUUUGGGGAAGUAACAAAUCAAUGGUUCACUUUCAAUGUACCUUUGUAACCCUGCUCAACUUAAUAAGCCAGAAGCAGGUCAGAUUGCUACCCCCUCCUCGUUAGAUCCUGGGUGGUUAGACCAUGAAAUAGAUGUCUCAAAGUGUACUACAUGGCCAUCUCCUAUUGAUGUUAAACCAACUAAGCAAUAUCCAUGUCUCUGAUAUGUUGUUAGAGUCUGGAUUUCAGCAGAUUUAAUGCGGAGUAUCCAGUUUCCCCAUAUGACGAUGUUGACCUGUUGUCUCCCUUUCUUCCUGAAUAUAAUGUCCCUCAUGGCCCUAAGAACCACCAUUUGCAUAGAUGGGGUAUUAGUUUGCUUCCAGUACACCGGUAUUACCCCAUUGGCUAUACUAAGUCUGCAGAUGGUUAUGGAUUUUUAUUGUAUGUGGAUAUUUUCAAGGGUGUGUGGUUACCCCCCUCCUUGUCUUCGGCAGAGCCAGAGUCCCAAAGCUAACUUUUUGGCAGCUGUAUUUGGUUAUAAUUGAUAGAUGUAGAGAAGGCAUUUGAGAAAGCUACUGGCAGGUUCUGUAAAAGAUAUAAUAUUCUGGGCAAUAAGUGCAUUGUAAUGAGGUGAGGAAAAAGGUUUGAUAAUAAUUUGUAGUAACAUAUGGGAAGGAAAUCCAGCCUGGGCCAUUUACCUGGCUUGAUCUGUUUGAGGGAUAUAGUCUAUUCAGUUUUGAUCAGGGGAUCAUCUAGAAGUCAUUGAGUCUGGGACUUUGGUGUGCAACUUGUGCUGUAAGUAUUCCCUGACCAUUGGGAUGUGAGAGUCAUUUGCUUUCUGUGGUAGCCGGUCUGUGAGGGAGUAAAGUUUGGAGUAACGGGUAUGUCGUGUGGCAGCAAUUUUAUCUGGCAUUUAGUGGAUAUUCUUGUGGUCGGUGUAUAUUUUAUGAAUGUACGUGACCUUCCUCUUUUUGCUAAUCAUAUGGGCCAAGAGAGAUCCACAUUUGUUGCGAUUAAAGUAGAAUAAAGAUUUAGUUCUCAUGAGGUUGGUAUGGUAAGAAGUUUAGAUAAGUCUCUAUGGGCAGUCGUAAGGGCCUGUAGGUGUGUUGGGUCCUGGAGGUGGAAAGUAAAUCAAGCUGUAUUGGCCAUUUUUCAUGCUAAACCCAUGGCAAAAAAAAUGCCCCCCAUGAUUCACUUGUGCGCCUCCCACACAGAGAAUGGUCCCCUAACAAUGUUCAUAAUGUGAGUGGAAGGGUACUCCAAAAGGGAUUAUCUUUCCUAAAAACCUCUGGUGGCUGGAGUCCUGUUGAGGCUGCUCAGGGGACAAUAUAAUAUAACAUUUAUAUGUCUUUAAAUAAAAUCAUAUGUUCUAAAACAUUUCCAUUCUAAAGCUGUUUUAAGACCAUUGAAAUUCUAACAUUUCUCAUUUACCCUAACACUUGGUUCUUUGCAGCCACCAGUGAUGAGAGUGAUUCAAUCCUUGCUAUCACAGUGGAUAAAACUCACGAUGGGAAGCUGGGUUUCAGCGUUCGAGGGGGAUCAGAACACGGACUUGGCAUAUUUGUUAGCAAAGUGGAAGAAGGAAGCAGCGCCGGUAAGAGACUUGGAAUAUUUAUAGCUAUGGGGAUAUAGAAGGACUUGCUGGCAAUUGAGAUUUAAAAAAUGUAUGCAUUUAUUUAUUUAAUCUUAGAAUAAAUUUAUAAACUGCUUGCAUUAGCGAGAUUGUAUAUAAAACAAAAACACACCUUCCCUAUAUGUUGGUGACUCUAUGGACUGUUCUAUGAGGUAAGAGGUAAAGUUAUUUUUUUUUGUUAUUUCAUGGACGCCAAGAAUUUUGUAAAUGUCAAUCAUAUAUCAAAAUUCCAAUUGUGUGUCUCUGGAGGUAGCCAACGUGAGUCUGUGAGAUCUCCAUUGUUGGUUGCUAAAAAGUGAAACCUGUAAGAGAAAAUCUGACAUCAUCACAGUUAAACGUCAAUAAUUAGAUAUGGAAUAUGUUUUGAUACUUCAGUACAGUUGAACAUAUGCAUGUGUAUACUGUAUCAUAGCUCCCAAGUGUCCCUAUCUAGGAGGAACAGUCCCUAUUUUGAGCCCAAAUCCCUCUGUUCCUCUUUUCUAUCCUAAUGUACUCUUUUCUAGGAGCUCCAUAUUGUUGAUGUGUAUUACAGAGCUCCACAGCAAUAAUACUCCCAGUAAUGUGUCUUUGAAGGGACACUAUAGUCACAAAAACAACUAAAGCUUAAUGUAGUUGUUCUGGUGAGUAUAAUCAUUUACUGCAGUCAUUUUCAGAGAAAAGGCAGUGUUUACAUUGCCCCCUAGGGACACCUCCAGGGGCCACUCCUCAGAUGGUCACUGGAUAUGCAUCCUGGGGCAGUGCUGUAAGCUAUGCAUGGGCCCAUCCCACCUCCUUGCCUAUUUCAGCCAAUCCAAUGAUUUUCCUAUGGGAAAGCUUUGGAUUGGCUAAAAAUUAAAAGAUCUGAUGAUGUCAGCAAGGAUGUGGAUCGGGGGUGGGGCCAGCGCCGGCAAGGCUGCAAGGCUCUGGAAAUAAGGUACGUUUUAUUAUCUUGUAAGUUGGUGAAUAGGGGACAAUCCACUAUAAGGUCAGGAAUAUAUGUUUGUGUUCCUUUAAACUACAACAAAUGUGUUUAUAAAUACAAAAAAAACCAUAAAUAGUGCAGUUCCCUUAUGUACACAAGUGUGAUAUACACAUAAACUGGAACACUCACAUAUUCUAGAGCUAUAACCUAACUCUGGGAGUUAUUUGCCUGUAGGUCCAUUUAUGCAACCUGACCCUUUUUCUUUAUGGAAAGUAAUUUAGGCGUUUUCUUGUGUAUUCAGCAGUAGUAUGCAGUAUCUCAAAGAAAGAGAUGUAUAUAUUGUGUGAUACCGUUUGUAACAAAUAUUUUCGUAUAAAUGGGUAAAAUACUCACAAGCCUAGAGCCUAGUAAUUGGCUCAGUUGAACAGCAGAGUAUGGUUAGGCAUCAUACCACCCAGAGUUGUAGAAUGCAGGAACAUUGAUAGUAAAAAAAUAUAAAAUAAAAGUAUAAACCUUAAAAAGUAUAUCCUAAGAGAAAUUGAAUAAGUAUACUUUAUUAGAACUUACAGUUAAAAUAUCAAAUACCGUAUAUACUUGAGUAUAAGACGAGUUUUUUGGCACAUUUUUUGUGCUGAAAAACCCCCACUCGUCUUAUACUCGAGUCACUCGAGUACAGACAAGGACUGCCGGGUAGUGAUGUCCCGAACUGUUCGCCGAACGGUUCGCCACAAACGGUUCGCGCGGACUCCAGUCAGCUGACACAUUCCAGCCAAUCAGCAGCAGACCCUCCCUCCCAGACCCUCCCACCUCCUGGACAGCUCACUAAGAAUGCAGCUUCAAAAUGGAUGCCGUCCAGGAGGUGAGAGAGUCUGGGAGGGAGGGUCUGCUGCUGAUUGGCUGGAAUGUGUCAGCUGACUGGAGUCCGUGGCGAACAGUUCCGGACAUCACUACGACCGGGCUCAUUACAAGCCCGGCUGUCCUGUUGGGGGCUGGCAGAGAGCUGUAACUUACCUUUCCUGCAGCUCCUGUCAGCUCCCUUCUCUCUCCUCCGUUCCAGUCAGCUCCCCUGUCGGCCCCACUGCAAGUCUCGCGAGAGCCGCGGGGUCAGAGGGUUGCCACGGGUUACCGUGGCAACGCUCUGUGCGGCACUCACACCGCGAGACUUGCAGUGGGAGCAGAUAGAGGAGCUGACAGGAGCUGCAGGAAAGGUAAGUUACAGCUCGCUCACAGCCCAUGCCACUAGACCACCAGGGAGUGAGAGCCCCCCUCCCUGCCAUGUAUCAAGCAGGGAGGGGGGCCGAAAAAAAUAUAAAUACAAAUUUAAAUAAUACAAAAUAAAAUAAAAAUAUUAAUAAUAUAAAAAAUAUAUAUAUAUAAUAAAAUAAUAAUAAUAAAAAAUAAAAAAAAUGCCCACCCCCCACCAAGGCUCUGCAUCACAUACACAAACACACUCUGCAUCACACACAUACUCUGCAUCACACACACACUCUGCAUCACACACACACUCUGCAUUACACACUGCACUCAUACACACACACUGCAUUCAUACCAUAGGCAUGCGCACGGGUGUGUCAGGUGUGCCUGGGCACACCCUAAUCACACCUCCAUGCUGCACUGCCUUAGGGCAGACUAACAUGUUGGGUCCUUGGUCUAUGACAACGCCCACAACGCCGCCAGGUGAGAGGCCCCUCCUGUCAGUCUGCUGUGAACGAGAUCCAGCCUCAGUCUGCAGCUCCGCCGGGAGUGAGCUGCAGACUGUGGUGUCUCGCGAUCUCCAGCCUGUCAGAGCGUUGGAGAUCGCGAGACUCGCCAUGUGGUCUGCAGCUCACUCCCGGCGGAGCUGCAGACUGAAGAGAGAGGGCACCCACUGGAACACCAGGGAAGGUAUUUAAACCUCCUUAUUACCCCCUGUCACUCACUGCCCCCCACCCCCUGUCACUCACUGCCUCUGCCACUGCCCCAUACCCCCCUAACCCCUGUCACUACCCCUCUAGCCCCUGUCACUACCCCUCUACCACUUCCCCCCCAUAACCCCGGUCACUAACAGUCUACCCCCGCUAUCGCCUGUCACUGCCCCUCCAUCCCCCUACCCCCUGUCCAUCUACCCCCCUAACCCCUGUCGCUAACUCCCCUACCCCCUGUCACUGCCCCUCCACCCACCUAACCCCUGUCACCCACACAGUGCACCCCUCACAAUCAUACACACUGUACCCCACACAAACUGCUUGCCUCACAAUUACACACACUGUACCCCUUACAAUUACACACACUGUACCCCCCACACACUGCGCCCGUCACAAUUACACACACUGCACCCCUCACAAUUACACACACUGUACCCCUUACAAUUACACACACUGUACCCCUUACAAUUACACACACUGUACCCUUCACAAUCACACACACUGCACCCUUCACAAUUACACCACACUGUACCUUUCACAAUUACACACACACACUGUACCCCUCGCAAUCACACACACUGCAUUCCUUACACGCUACACCAUUCACAAUCACACACACUGCACCCAUGUAUAUUUGUGUAUAUAUAUAUAUAUAUAUAUAUAUAGAUAUGUGUGUGUGUAUGUGUAUAUAAAAAUACAUAUACACGCGGCGUGUGUUUGUGCUUUAGGGUGCACACCCUAAUGCAACAGGCUGCGCACGUCUAUGAUUCAUACACACAAACACACACACACACACACACACUGCAUUCAUUAUAUACACACACUGUAAAUAAAUAUUCAAUUAAUAUAAUUUUUUGGGGAUCUAAUUCUAUUUAGAAAUUUACCAGUAGCUGAUGCAUUUCCCACCCUACUCUUAUACUCGAGUCAAUAAGUUUUCCAAUUUUUUGUAGUAAAAUUAGGGGUCUCGACUUAUAUUCGGGUCGACUUAUACUCGAGUAUAUACGGUAAUACAAAUAGACUGCACCAGAUUGAAGAAGCCAUUCAUACAAACGGUAUCACACGAUAUAUACAUCUCUUUCUUUGAGAUACUGCAUACUAUUGCAAAAUACACAGAAAACUCCUAAACUACUUUCCAUAAAGAAAAAGGGGCAGGUCGCUAGGUUAUAGCUCUGGAAUAUGUGAGUGUGUGAGUGUUCCAAUUUAUGUGUAUAUCACACUUGUGUACAUAAGGGUACUGCACAAUUUUUUUAUUUUUUAUUUUUCUUAAAGGCAUACACAACAUUGGAUGUUCAAGGAUAUGUAAAAAUACGGGGUAUAUAUAUAAAAUUUUCUCAGAACAGUCCCGUGCCUGGUCCCACUCCCACUCACACCCCUCAAAUUAAAGUGUCUCUCUUUGGCUAUUUGACAUUAUGGGAAGCAUGCUGUGUAUUCAGGAAUAUGUUUGCGCUAUGCCACAUGUUAUUUUUUUAAAGAAUGAGAGGGCUAUGCAUGCACAUCAUAUUUUUAAUUUUACUGAUAUCAUUCACAAUGAUAAAUGAGUAUUUAGAAAGUGUCAACAUAUUCCGCAGUGCUGUACAAUUGGGGAGUGGGGGCUGAUGGUAUAAUAUACCCAAAGCAGUACAAAAGGUAAAGAGGGCUCGGCCUUUGAGUGGAGAUAUAGCCAUUGAAGCUCUUUUAUACAAAGUGCCAAGUCAGCCCAUGAGCUUACAAUCUAAAGGUAAAUUAUGUAGAACACCAGAAGCCAACCACAAAAUGUGUUAAUUUAACUAUCUUAUAAAUUGACGAACAGUUUUAUUGUAAAAAAAAAAAAAUAUUCAGUUGUUGGAAUGGCUCACAUGUUAUUAUCACAUCAAAAGUAAAUAUUACAAAGACAUACAUUAAUUAUCAAACAUCACUUACAGGGACCUUCACUAAAGGGGAAUUUUCAGGAAUUUAAUGUGAGUUUAAAAACUUGUAAAUAUUUCUCCAAUCAGUUACGUUUUCAGUUUUUAACCUUAAAAUAGGAAAUUCCAUAUCACUUCUAGUAAUUUCUAAUUUAAUAAAUAGCCUACUGAUUCUUUUUAGAUUCCAAUCCUUUAACGUGUAUUUUUCAGAGCAAGCUGGUUUGUGCGUUGGAGAUAAGAUUGCAGAAGUGAACGGCAUUAGUUUAGAAAGCAUAACUAUGGGGAGUGCAGUGAAAGUCCUGACUGGGAACAAUCGCCUUCGUAUGAUGGUGAGACGAAUGGGAAAAGUGCCAGGGAUUAAAUUCUCCAGAGAAAAAACCACAUGGUAAGUAGAGCACCGCUAACUUCCUGACAGCUAUUGUCCUCCAUUCUAGGUAACCAAAAAUCACAAUGUAUUACCUCUCUGGGCCAAAGAGAGCGUGUCAAGAUCACUAGAGUAUCAUCGGAUCCAGUUUCAUGACAACAUGAGGGCUCGUGUGAGCAUGAACUUUGACCAAAUAAAAUCUAGCUCAACAGGGGUCAUCACAUUCUACAGUGGGCAUAUUGUAGGCUGAAUGGGACUAUAUUAUAUAAUAAAUAGCAAAUUAAUGUUUAAUCUUAAUCUGUAUAUAAAGAAAAAAUGUUUAAUGAUCUUAGUCUUUUAAAAAGAAAAAAUGUUAUGAGCAUUUCUGUUGAUCAUUCAGAUACAAUUAUUUGUAAACAAUAUAGUUUGCAGUGUGGUAAUAUUAUUAAUUCUAAAGAUGAAUUAAUUGUGCCGACAAGUAAGGCUAUUUAUUUAACUUGACAGAUACAGAAUAGAGCUGUAUGACCUAGAACUUGCAUGCAUAACACAACCCCCCCAUAUACAGCACACAGAGCCCCCCAUUUACAACACACAGAGCCCCCCUAUAUACACCACACAGAGCCCCCUAUAUACAACACACAUUGCCCCCUAUAUACAAUGCACAUUGCCCCCUAUAUACUACACACAGUGCCCCCCCAUAUACUACACACAGUGCCCCCCCAUAUACUACACACAGUGCCCCCCAUAUACAACGCACAGUGCCCCCCAUAUGCUACACACAGUGCCCCCAUAUGCUGCACGCAGUGCCCCCCAUAUACUGCACACAGUGCCCCCCAUGUACUGCACACAUUGCCCCCCAUAUACUGCACACAGUGCCCCCCAUAUACAACGCACAGUGCCCUCAAUAUACUACACACAGUGCCCCCAUAUACUUCACACAGUGCUCCCCAAAUACUGCACACAGUGCCCCCAUAUACAACGCACAGUGCCCCCAUAUACUGCACACAGUGCCCCCAUAUACUGCACACAGUGCCCCCCAUAUACUUCACACAGUGCCCCCCAUAUACAACGCACAGUGCCCCCCAUAUACAACGCACAGUGCCCCCCAUAUGCUACACACAGUGCCCCCAUAUGCUGCACGCAGUGCCCCCCAUAUACUGCACACAGUGCCCCCCAUGUACUGCACACAUUGCCCCCCAUAUACUGCACACAGUGCCCCCCAUAUACAACGCACAGUGCCUCUCACACUUACAACAGGAGAAGCCUCCACACACAGCCAGCAAACAGAGACUGACGGAGAGACUGUGGAAAAAGCAAUUUAGGAUAAAAAUUACAGAGCGGGAUAGCAAUGGACAAUAAAAUAUACUGAAAAAGACAAUGGAAGAAAUACUAUAUGUAGGUGAUGGAAGUGCACUCAAUCCUUUGUCUGGAAUUCAGGAUGCUCUAGUGGAUAAGUCCCAGUACCAAAAAAGGACCAAUUGAAACAUUUAAAUAUAAAGAAUAAUCCAGGCACUCCAGCAUAUUCCAAAAUGUAGGCAAUCGUUAUUGGAACAAGGAACCAAAAGGCAACGUUUGCCUACAUUUUGGAAUAUGCUGCAGUGCCUGGAUUAUUCUUUAUAUUUAAAUGGAAGAAAUACUGUCAGAAGAAGAAAUCUGAGAGGCAAAGGUAUGAAAAGAAGUGACUUAAUGGAGAUGUAGGAUGACCAAGGGUGGGGUAAUUGGAUUUUUCUCCAGGUCUUGUACAUUAUUCCUUGUUUAGUGGAUAAUCCCAAAAUCCACAGAGGCGGCCUUAGGCAUCCAUAGACGGGACCAGAAAUGAAUUUAACGUUAAACAGAGUUAUUCACUGAAUUGGUCAUUUUUACAAAUUCAAAGUGAAUUUAACAUUUUAGGGCAAAAUAGUUGAAUUUGAAAAAAUAGCUGUGCUUCAGAUUCUGCUAAUUUGACCUAACAUUUAUAUUCCUGACAACUCACAAUUUAGUGAAUAACCCUAAAAGAGAUAAUUACAUGUAUACUUUAUAUAAAAAAUAAAGUUAUGCAAUAUUGUGAAUCUACAUUUCACAGCAGACAAGGAGGCGGCCAUGAUGUAUUCCUGUCUUGGCAUUUUCUGUGCCAAGACAUAAUUCUCCCUAAAAUUAGAUAAUAAACUGAUACUCUAGACUCCCUACACAGUGCACCUAACAUGUGUAGGAGCCUGGAGUGUCCCUUAAAAGCAAACUGCUUAAAAGUGUGGUUGUUUUAAAGAUUUUAUUCUCACCCAUUUGCUACUGACAAAAAUGCUUUUAGUGAGAAUGCGUUCUGGAGUUGAAAACUGCUUUGAUACCCACAAUCUUGCUGUUUCCCAUUCUGUGUUGUAGGGUGGAUGUUUUAAAUAAGAGGCUGGUGGUGGAGAAGGUAGGGUCCACGCCGUCUGAUACCAGCUCUGAAGAUGGAAUGAGAAGAAUUGUACAUCUUUACACAUCCUCCGAUGACAAUUGUUGGGGUUUUAACAUCAGAGGAGGAAAAGAAUUUGGACUUGGGAUCUUCGUUUCCAAGUAA